CAUUACAUAGAGUUACAUUACAUUACACACAACAAAGAGAGAAACAGAGAAAGAAGAGAACAAUAUAACCCUCAAAACUCUGUUUCAGUUUUUGUUAAAACUGCUUCAAACAACUACAUACAGAAAAACGUUUCUGAGAAAAUCAAUAGAAACAUUCUCAGAACAAACUUCACAAAUCUAACAACAAAAAGAUCUUGUUCUUUCACACAUACUUUUCUUCUCUCAAUCCAAAUUUCUAUCAUUAUAAGUUUCUGCAAAGGAUUGUCUUCUUUUGAGGCAUAGAUCUUAAAUUUUGAAGCAAUCCCUUAAGAAUUUUUUGAAAUGGAGACAGAAGAGAGGAACCAAAGAACAUGUAAGACAACAGAACCAGAGUUCUUCUUGCAGUGGGGAAACAGAAAACGUUUGAGAUGUGUUAGGGUGAAAGAUCCUCGGAUUUCAACUAGACUCAACGGUGGUGGAAUCAGAAGAAAACUUAAUUCUGGAUUGGAUAAUCAUAAUAGCCGUUCUGGUGUUACUCUUUCUGAGAAAGAAACUUCACAUCAUCAUCAACAACAACCUAAUCGUCUCACAAGGAAUUCUGACGGUGCUAUUCUACGGCCGGCGGCGGGAGAUAACAGAAAAUCGGCAUCGCCGGAGAAGGAAGAUCGGUACUAUACAACAAGGGGGUCAGCGGAGGAUAACGGUAAAGGCACCACCGUUGAUGUUAACAAUGGAGAAGAAAGAGCUCAUGUUUGGCCUAAACUUUACAUCACUCUUUCUAGCAAAGAGAAAGAAGAAGAUUUUCUUGCCAUGAAAGGUUGUAAGCUUCCUCAGAGACCUAAAAAGAGGGCCAAAAUUAUUCAAAGAAGCUUAUUGUUGGUGAGUCCUGGAGCAUGGUUGACUGAUAUGUGUCAAGAAAGAUAUGAAGUUAGGGAGAAGAAAAGUAACAAGAAGAGGCCAAGAGGAUUGAAGGCUAUGGGGAGUGUGGAAAGUGAUUCUGAAUGAUUAUGAUGAAUUGAUGCAAAAAUUUGAAGGGAGGAUCUACAACAAUACACAAAGUUAAAUAUUUUGGAAGAUGAUGAUAUUUUGAGUUGAUGAUGAUUCAAGUUUAUUUAAAUUUGCUUUCACAAGUAGGGAAAGGCUUAUAAGCUCCCUCUCAAUGUUUUUGUAAACAAGUAAGAUCUGAUCUGAUCUUGAUCCAUUUCUAUCAAUGAAGAAAAUUAUUUUCUCAUCA